CCACAGUCACUGAAACUCAGUCACAACUCAAGUAUCACUGCACUCUUUGGGGAGUAUAUGAACGGCGGCCGCUUCGCAAGCUGCGAACGAGCCUCCUUCCCAGUGCAUCCAGUGAGCAUACCACGACACUAACCAUGCGGUUGGUCCUGGAAACCCUUCUCGGCUCGCUUUUGUUGGCUACCGCCGGUUCGAAUCCCGAAGUAGAAUCGGAUGAAGUACCGGUAUCUGAGUGCCCAAUGAACGAAGAGCCUGGAGACCCGUGCUCAAGACCUGACCUCCCGUGUCGUGGAGACACCAAAGAAGGUCAGUCUCUGUCCCCCUCCAACUCCACGCGCGAGAAGGGAUGCUCGGGUUGCGUCUGCAGAGAAGGCUUCCGGCGUUCGGCGUUCGGCGAAUGCGUCGCCGAAAGCGAUUGCCGCACCUGCUGGCGGGACCCUUUCUCCGACUACUCCUACUGCGGCGGCUGUCCACCCGUGUGCGGGGAGGUCUACCCCGCCCCGUGCCCAAGGACAUGUUCAUCCGGUUGCUACUGCCUGGACGGAUUUGUCAGGUCAUCGCUGGACGGCGGGUCAUGCGUACCGGUCUCCUCGUGCCCUCCCAAGUGCCUCUACGAGAACAUGGUGUUCGUGGCCCACAAGUCCUGCUUUCCGGAACGCUGUGGCCACGACGGGCUGGAAUGCGGCGCCUACGACUGUGGGCGACCCGGGUGCGAGUGCUCGCGGGGCUACCACCUUCUCGAUUCCUUGACUUGCGUCGACGAGUGCCCGGCUUCCUAGGGAAUCGCCGCGAUCGAAAAGACGCGCUUGUUUGGUGUUAUUAUUAUUAUUAAAGCCGCGCUUUCAUUGUGCACA